GAGUACCUUUUUUCUUUCUUUCUGUUGCUUGUGUUAGCACGUCUGUACAUAUUGUUUAUUGUUAAAAGAUUCAUUUUUUUGGAUUAUUAAGAUUCGUUCCUGAUACCCUUUUGGCCUUUUGACAUGUUGAAUGGUUGUUGUUUGAGAAGCAACAAUGGAUAUUUGGUGGCCCCAAUGGUGGUUAAGUCCAAAAAAGUGUUCACUUUUUUUUCUUUUUUCAUUCUUCUUUUUAUUGAAGAUUCUUGAUACCCUUUUGAAAUUUGAUAUGGACUAUUGGAGCCUUCCCAAGUUGGUAAUUCUUUCACCAGAAAGGGUUUUAUCUAGUGGAUUGAAGAUGUAUAUGGUAGAAAGCAAAGGUGGUGCUAUAGUUUGUAUGCUAUUCUCUUUGUUAUUGUUAGGGACAUGGCCAGCUCUACUGACUUUACUCGAAAGGCGAGGCCGUCUUCCUCAACAUACUUAUCUUGAUUAUACCAUUACCAAUCUAUUGGCGGCUGUGAUCAUUGCUCUCACCUUUGGUCAGUUUGGGCCAAGCACACCAGAAAGGCCUAAUUUCCUCACUCAGCUCUCUCAGGAUAAUUGGCCCAGUGUCUUGUUUGCAAUGGCUGGAGGGAUGGUCCUCAGUCUUGGGAACCUCUCAACUCAAUAUGCUUGGGCUUUCGUCGGUUUGUCAGUCACCGAAGUUGUCUCUGCCAGCAUUACAGUUGUUAUAGGAACGACCUUGAACUAUUACCUUGACGACAAAAUUAACAAAGCUGAGAUUCUGUUUUCUGGAGUUGCAUGCUUCUUGAUUGCCGUUUGUUUAGGCUCUGCUGUUCAUUCGUCCAACAACGCUGAUAACAAAAUCAAGCUUGAUAAUUUUUCAAACGACUCUAAAGAUGGAGUCGGGACUAAUGGAAUUUCUUCUUUCAAACAAAGAAAGUUUAAUUCAGGUAGUACAAAUGAUCUGGAGGAUGGUGCUCCUGGGAAGGCAAAAUUUGGGACUGCGGCUUUCCUUAUAGAACUUGAGAACACGAGAUCAAUCAAGGUUUUCGGGAAGGGCACAUUCAUUGGUUUGGCUAUAACAUUCUUUGCUGGGAUUUGCUUCUCUAUGUUCUCGCCUGCGUUCAACCUAGCCACAAAUGAUCAAUGGCAUACUCUCAAAGACGGAGUUCCACACUUGACCGUCUAUACAGCAUUUUUCUACUUCUCAUCCUUUUGUUUCGUGAUUGCCAUGGUUUUGAACCUCACCUUCUUGUACUACCCUAUACUGAAUGCACCCAAGUCGUCCUUCAAGGCUUAUCUCAACGACUGGAAUGGCAGAGGUUGGGCCCUUUUGGCUGGACUUGUUUGUGGCUUCGGUAAUGGUCUCCAAUUCAUGGGGGGUCAAGCAGCUGGAUACGCAGCUGCAGACGCUGUUCAGGCAUUGCCUCUUGUGAGCACAUUUUGGGGGGUGAUUUUGUUUGGAGAGUACAGAAGAUCAUCAAGGAAAACAUAUACACUCCUUGCAGGCAUGUUGUUUAUGUUUACAGCAGCUGUAGCAAUUCUCAUGGCAUCAUCAGGGCAUCGCAAAUAGCGCGAUGUAGUGUAGUUGUAAGAAUAUGUUUUUUUUCUGUACAUAUCAUGUUUACCCUUCCUUGUUGUCGCGCCCCUAAAAUUAGGGAGAAAUAAUUUAAAUCCAAGGAAAGAGGAAGAUUGAUUUUAGUUAACUCUUCUCGUUUUUAUGAUGGUGUUUGACUCAGCACACAGCUGAAAAGAUGUUGAUUUGGCUUAUAUUAUCUCAAAUGUAUUUCAAGAGUUGUUCUUUUAUUUGAAUGUAAUGGAAUCUGAGUUCCUGAAAA